AUGGAAUGUGCUCAUAGGGAUGUUGCCAUAAGACCACGGGAUGGACUACAUCCAACAAAACGAAGUGAAGGGGAUGACCUUGAUUCCUAUCGCGCCAAGCUAUUGCAAGAGAUCGAGCGCCUACAGGGUUCUCUGGCGCUCGCGCUUGAUCUCUACAACUCCAAGGCCCCUCUACUCUCCCUUCCCGACGAACUACUAGUAGAGAUCUUUCUAUACGUUCGCGACUCUGCGCCACUUGUAGAAUCCGAGUUCGACUUGCAAAACCUCCCAACCCCGUGGUACACAUCCGUCACCGUCUGUCGCCGCCUCAGACGCGUCGUCCUAUCUUCCGCCGCACUUCACACACGGUUAUCAACCUUGACGCACUCAUACGCCAGCAUCAAACGCGGCUUCCUACUUUCGAAGAGCUUACCCGUAACGCUCGAGGUUCAUUACCCUUCGAGGAACACCCGACUCUUCGACCUACUUGUCCGUCACGGACACCGAGUCCACACGCUUCAUGUCAGGGGCUCCCCGGACUGCAGCAAAGUCCUCUCUGAUUGGCUAUCCCGUCUACCGUCCCUGCGAUCUCUCCACCUAUUCCGGAGAACACUGCCGCCAGACUUCCUCUUCCUCCUCGAGGAUCCUCUGUCCGCGCCAUCGAAGCUAUCGCCUCACUUAUCUAUCUUCAAACUCAACGGAGUGGGCAUGGUCCCUGUAUCGGGCUACAAGAUCCUUUGCAACGUCACCGAGCUGUCCAUCAGCAACACGAUGCUCAGUAUACUGAUUCUGUCCCAACACGCUAAGAGCCUAUCGAAAUUGUCCAUGACGAACGUGAGAUGUGUUCCGGGGGUAAUCGACGAAACGAUUACGCUCCCGAGUUCUCUGCAAGUACUAGAGUGCACGGGGGUUAGAGCAGAGCACUUUGAUCUCCUAUCCUUCGUCACCCCAUCUGCCCACAUACGCCUCAAGCUAUCGUGUACCGCACCACCCAAAUACUCGUACGAAGCCCGCGGCAAGUGCGAAACGAUCCUGACCAGAUGGACGAACGAAACGCUCGCACCCUCAGCCGCCGAGCUACGAGUGUCCGAUAACACCAUCGCCCUGGACGUACACCUCUCCUUCCACCGCCACUUCGACGACACCGAAACCGCACGCGGCGCCGCCGACAUCGAGUACCACUUUUAUGCAGACGAGCAUGACACUUUACUACAUAACAUCAUCCCGUGCUUGCCAUCGCCAAGCUACGAACGACUCGUCUCUCUCACACUCUCUGCCGAGAUGGACACAUACAGCAAUCUCGUUGAGCACUGGCUAAAAACGCACUCAAUUUCGCGGCACCCAAUGCCCUGCCUGCGACAUCUCUGUAUCGACACUCCCGUGAACUUUGCAUCUGACUCAGAUUCGGAAGCCCAGAUGUUCUUCAACAUGAUGGAGCUUCGCGGAUGGCUUGCCAAGAGAUUAUCGGCGCGCCGGGGGGUACAGACGCUGAGCAUCCCCGCGCACAGUGCGGUCAUGCUUGACGGAUUUCCUCUAGAUCUUGACGUUCCGACUGAUGCGAUGUUGGAUACAUGGCUUCCAUGGAGGACAUACGUUCAAGACGUGAUCAUCACGGAGGAUGAUAGACCACUAUUGCACUAA